AUGCCUAAUGAAAAUAACGAAUUGGCUGCUUUCGUUCUACGCCGUGGACAGAUAAAAGCACAACUCACUCGUUUUCAGACAUUUCUAAAUGAGCCAAAGUCCGAGAUCAAAACGCAAUUAAGAUUAAGGGCUGAGAAAAUUCGCGAAGCAUGGAGCGAAUUCGACGCAAUUCAAAACAAUAUCGAAAUGUUAGACGUUAUAAAACUCAAGCCGUUAGAGAUUCCUACAUUUUCGGGAAAGUUCGAGGAUUGGGUUACAUUUCAAGACAUAUUUUGCGCAUUGGUACACACAAAUAAAUCAAUAACAGAUAUUGAAAAAUUUUGUUAUUUAAGAAAUGAACUAGAAGGUGAAGCUAGUUCAUUAAUUAAAAAUUUAGAAACAUCGUCAACAAAUUACGAAAUUGCGUGGAAAAUAAUUACAACGAGGUACAACAAUACUCGAAUGUUAAUCCAAACACAUACGAAGCGCAUAUUCGAUUUGGAGCCGAUUAUCAAAGAAUCGGCUAUUAAGUUAAAAAACUUAACCGAUUCACUAAAUGCACACAUUCAAGCAUUAAAAGCAUUAAAACAUGAUCCGUACAAUUGGGGUGCAUUGCUACUUCAUGUAAUUUAUACAAAACUUGACACAAAUUCAAUACGUCAGUGGGAAGUGGAAGUGUUGAGAGACGACUUACCGAGUGUGCAGUCAAUGAUGGAGUUCCUGGGAAAGAGAUGUCAAAUGUUGGAGUCAGUCGAAAAUGCAAAAUUGUUAAUAUUCAAGCAAAAUGAUUCAAAUUAUUCGUCAACCAAAACCUCAAAAUUUGGAACCUCGAAAAAAGGGGCAUCGACAUUUCUAACAACGUAUAAAAUGAAAUGUUACUUGUGUCAGCAACCGCACCCAAUAUAUAAAUGUACUGUAUUCCUAGCACUUGAUAUACCGUCUAGAAUAAGCAAGGUCAACGAGUUGAAAUUAUGUAAUAAUUGCUUAAAAAAAUCCGACCAUCAGGUAAAACAGUGUCCCGCAAGGAAAUGUGGAAAAUGCCAAAAACUACAUAACUCACUCUUACAUCAAGAAAAAGAAGCCAGCUCGGAAGAAGGAAAUAUACAAGGUAACGGAUCAAACGAUGCAGUAGUGGUAGCGCAUACUGUAGAUGCCGCUGAUACCGAUAAUCAAGUACUAUUGGCGACGGCAAUAAUAAAAAUAUCAAGUUCCGCAGGCAGAAAUAUACACGGCCGAGCAUUGUUAGAUAACGGCUCUCAAAGUAAUUUUAUUACGAACAAUUUGGUACAUAAACUUGGUCUUAAACGUCAUAAAGUAAAUAUACCGAUAUGCGGAAUAAGCGAGUCGAAGAACAAUAUAAAGUAUAAAGUAACAGCUGUCGUGCAAUCAUUAAAUAGUUCGUACGUAACAACAAUCGAGUUUUUAGUGUUAUCAAAAAUAACAGGUUCAUUACCACAUACACCUAUACGCGCCGUAAGCAUUCCAGACAACGUUAAUGUUGCAGACCCUUCAUUUAAUUGUCCGGGCAAUAUCGACGUUCUUAUCGGAGGCGAUACCUAUUGGGAUAUAAUGUGUAAUGAGAAAUUAAAAACCAAAGACGGUCCGUAUUUGCAAAACACAUUAUUCGGAUGGGUGGUUGUAGGCAAAACAUCAACACAAUUAAGUACAACAAAAUUAAAUUCGUGUCUACUAACAACUCAAAAUCAGUACCAAUUGCUGGAUAACAAAAUAGAGUUAUUUUGGAAAAUGGAGGAAUUAUCGUCGAAGCACAAUUUCACGGACGAAGAAAAAUCGUGUAUAACACAUUUUAACGAGAACCUCGCUCAAAAUGAGGACGGUAGAUUUAUAGUUAAAUUACCGUUUAAAGAAAAUUGUCAUCAGCUGGGUAACUCAUACACCUCAGCUCUACGUAGAUUUCUAUCAUUAGAAAAACGGUUAAUAAAGAAUCCCGAACUAUACAUGAAGUAUAUAAUGUUUAUGAGUGAGUACGAAAAUCUUAAUCAUAUGGAACGCGUUUAUGAUGCGGGCAGCGAUAAGCAGUUAAUCGAUUCCGCGAAAUAUUUUUAUCUACCGCACUCAUAUGUAAUUAACGAGCGUAGUCGAACGACAAAAUUACGCGUUGUGUUUGACGGGUCAGCAAAGACUAGUAGCGGCGUGUCAUUAAAUGACACACUAAUGAACGGACCAAAAAUACAACCAGACCUAUUGGAUAUCGUGGUACGUUUCAGAACACAUAAAUAUGCAUUUUCGGCGGAUAUAACGAAAAUGUAUCGUCAGGUGUUAGUUCACGAAGACCAUCGUGACUAUCAGCGUGUAUUAUGGAGAUCAGAUCCAAAUGAUGAAGUAAAAGUGUAUAGGCUAUGUACUGUUACUUACGGGUUGGCGCCAGCAGGUUUUUUAGCAAUAAGUUGCAUCAACCAUCUCGGCGAUAAGACCACUAACAUGAAGUUAAAAGAAAUAAUUAAAAAUGAUUUUUGUGUAGACGAUUGUCUUACCGGGGCAGAUUCGUUGUUGGAAGCAAUUGAAGUGCGCAACGAAUUAAUUUCGAUUAUGCGAGGUGGGGGAUUUGAACUAUCGAAAUGGACAACGAAUCAUACAGAUUUACUUCCGAAUCAUAAUAAAAAUGAAAUGACGACCGUACCAAUGGAUAGGGAAAGCGUGAAAACUUUAGGUUUAUACUGGGAGCCAAAAAGUGAUUGCUACACGUAUGUCGUACAAGUACCGGAAGUAAAAAGUGAAGUAACAAAAAGACACAUUCUUGCCGGCCUAGCAACGUUAUUUGACCCAUUAGGCUUAGUAGGCCCGAUAAUAUUGGUGGGAAAAAUAUUGUUACAAAGUUUAUGGCGCGAAAAAAUCGAUUGGGACAGCCCAGUUCCACAUCACAUACAACUGGAGUGGGAAACAUACAAUAAUUGUCUAAAUGAGCUCAAUUCGUUUAGUAUACCUCGGUGGCUGGGUUCCAACAAGAAUAAACAAAUAGAGAUACACGGAUUCGCUGAUGCGUCUAUGAAGGCAUAUGGUGCAUGUAUAUAUAUGCGCACAAUAGACACGGACGGCAUCGUUAAAUCGCAAUUAGUAUGUGCAAAGUCUCGUAUCGCGCCAGUAAAGGUUAUUUCAAUCCCCAGAUUAGAGCUAUGUGCAGCGCUUCUCUUAUCGCGUCUAAUAGACGUAAUUAUACCUGCACUUAAUCUGAGUAUAUUACGACGAUAUUUAUGGACGGAUUCGACUGUCACGUUAGAUUGGAUAUCCGCGGAGUCGAACAGGUGGAAGACGUUUGUUGCGAAUCGUGUAGGCGAAAUCCACACGUUGACCGAUCGCGCGGAGUGGGGGCAUGUGACGUCAAGCGAUAAUCCAGCAGACGUGUUGUCGCGUGGGUGUACGCCUAGCGAGCUAAAAUAUAACACUCAGUGGUGGCAUGGUCCAGCAUGGCUGGAGAGUAAUACGUUUAAAUGUUCAACUUCAUACGUAAAAAACAUUGAACAUGUUAAUGAUGUUCAAAGUGAGGAAAAGACCGCACUAAUCGUUGUAUGCACCUCACAAAAAGACGUGCCAUUAGAUAUCAAUAAAUAUUCGUCACUGACCAAAUUACUACAUGUCGUUUCGUAUUUAUUACGGUUUAAAAAUAAUGCGUUAUCGAAACGAAACAAUACCUCUCAUAGCGUCGGACCGUUGAAUGUAAACGAGGUCUUAAUGGCGACCAAAACUAUUAUAAAACUUAUACAACACGCACAUUUUUCGAUAGAGAUUGAAGAAUUAAAAAAUAAUCGUAAUGUGUCACAAAAAAGCAAAAUGAAUAAGUUAAACCCAUUUAUAGACGACGACGGAAUUGUGCGCGUAGGUGGUAGGUUGACAAACGCAACGGAUAUCGAUAACGAUCAACGUUUCCCAAUUAUAUUACCCUAUGAAACAACCUUUUUAAAAUUAAUUAUGCUACAUGAACAUAAAAAAUUAAUGCAUGCCGGACCACAUGCUACGCGGCUUGCCUCAGUGCGCAUGAAAUACUGGCCAAUCAACGGACGGAGAUGCGUAAGAAAAGUAAUACAUCAGUGCGUAACAUGUUUCAAAGCACGGCCAAAAAGUGUGUCGCCUAUUAUGGGCAAUUUGCCCAUGUUCCGAGUCGACCGUCCAAGUAGGUGCUUUGAAAACUGUGGUGUCGAUUACGCAGGUCCGUUCAUGUUAAAAUGCAGCAAUCGACGAAACGCCGCGGCUCAAAAGGCAUAUAUAUGCGUAUUUAUAUGUUUUGCAACAAAGGCGAUACAUUUGGAGUUAGUAUGUGAUUUGAGCACUGAUGCAUUUCUCGCAGCGCUAAAAAGAUUUAUAUCUCGCCGUGGUCUGUGCAAAAAUAUAUACUCCGAUAAUGCUACUUGUUUCAUAGGUGCAAAUAAUACAUUAAACGACUUGAAACUAUUAAUGUCAUCUGAAGGUCAUAAGGAUCGCAUUCAUCAGUUUAUGACCAAUCAUGAAAUUACAUGGCAUUUCAUUCCACCAAGAGCCCCACAUUUUGGCGUGCAAAUCGAAGCGUGUUUAAACUCACGACCGCUCACACCCUUAUCUACCGACCCCCUCGAUCUUUCCGUCCUUACUCCUGGCCAUUUUUUAAUAGGAGACUCACUUGUGUCAUUACCAGAACCCGACAUAAGUAAUGUAGCACAGAACUUGUUGUCACGGUGGAAAAAAGUUCAAAAUCUCGUGCAGCAAAUUUGGAGACGUUGGAGUGUUGAAUACCUGAGUCAACUCCAGGAACGUAAGAAGUGGGAUAAAUCUCGUGGUCCCUCGGUAAAAGUGGGCUCAAUGGUAAUAGUAAGGGAUACCAAUUUACCUCCGCUACAAUGGCACCUGGGCCGCGUAAUCGACGUGUUUCCGGGCAAGGAUGGUGUGGUGCGGGUUGCGAUGAUCAAUACAGCGAGUGGGCCAAAGAAAAGAGCUGUAAGAUUGUUAUGUCCAUUGCCAAUUCAAGACAAUGACGAUACAGAGCCAAAUGAUAAUAAUUAA